UAGCUUACGUCCCUUUUUGCAGCAUCAGUGAAGUAUCCCUCCCUACGACGACCUUAAUCCCUACAAUGAUGAUAUUUUCGCCUUCAGUGCUUCGGUAAAUUAUCUUAAAUCACUGGUAGUGUUUAUGGUGAGAAUUUUAUGACACGCAAACGGAAAUGCCUCCUGCUUGUUAUCCACCUGCCUUUGGAUUACGCCACCGUGUCGCGCCGCUGUGAGCCGCAGCACCGCACUUCAGCAUCGGCACAGCUGGACAGCGGCAGCAGCCUGGGAGCUGUUUGGACUCUGGACAUUCUGACGGUACCCAUCCACUACAGAGGAUUCACUGCGUUCCUUCACCUUCACCUUCACUGGUCAUGUGGAAACAUGUGAUAAUGAUGCUCUUCUGAAGAACAGUGAACAUCUCAGCUGUUUUCUGUGUGACUCCCAUAGACAAGACCAUAUCCCAAAGCUUCUUCAGAUCUUCUCAGAGUAUCAGUCCCAUUUAUCACAGCCCCUGAUCCAUAACCAGGCUCCAAGAUGAGCGGGCUGUUCGCCAAACUGGACCCACGGCGGAUUCAAUGGGGGGCCAACUGGUUUGCCUUCCAGUCCCGUGUCCUGCGCACCAAGCCGGUGGAGUCCAUGCUGGAGAGCACGGGAGGCACUGGGGCUCACGACACUAAACUCGCCCGCGUUCUCUCCACCGUGGACCUCGUGUCUCUGGGAGUGGGAAGCUGUGUCGGCACUGGCAUGUAUGUGGUGUCUGGACUGGUGGCUAAGGAAAUGGCAGGGCCCGGGGUCAUUGUGUCUUUCAUCAUCGCUGCCGUGGCCUCCAUCCUGUCAGGGGUGUGCUAUGCUGAAUUUGGUGUGCGAGUGCCUAAAACCACAGGAUCAGCAUAUACUUACAGCUAUGUGACAGUGGGAGAAUUCGUGGCUUUUUUUAUUGGCUGGAAUCUGAUUUUGGAGUAUCUGAUUGGUACAGCAGCAGGAGCCAGUGCACUCAGCAGUAUGUUUGACUCGCUGGCCAAUCACAGCAUCAGCGGCUUCAUGAUCAACCACAUAGGAACGCUCAACGGCUUGGGUAAAGGGGAGCAGGCGUAUCCGGACAUCUUGGCCCUGGUCAUAGUCAUCCUGGUCACAGUGAUAGUUGCUCUAGGUGUGAAGAAUUCUCUCGGGUUCAACAACGUGCUGAAUGUCAUCAAUCUGGUGGUGUGGGUAUUCAUAAUGAUUGCAGGCCUCUUCUUCGUCAGUGUCAGCAACUGGGAUGAGGGACGUUUCCUGCCUUAUGGCUGGUCAGGGGUCAUGCAGGGUGCAGCCACUUGCUUCUAUGCCUUUAUUGGGUUUGACAUCAUAGCCACCACCGGAGAGGAAGCCAAGAGUCCCAACACCUCCAUCCCCUACGCCAUCACUGCCUCUCUGGUCACCUGUCUCACUGCCUAUGUCUCUGUGAGUGUGAUCCUCACUCUGAUGGUCCCCUACAUGGACAUCGACACAGAUGCUCCACUGAUGGAGAUGUUUUCUCUACACGGCUUCCAAACUGCCAAAUACAUAGUGGCCAUUGGCUCCAUUGCGGGACUGACAGUCAGUUUGUUGGGCUCUCUCUUCCCAAUGCCGAGAGUCAUCUAUGCCAUGGCUGGAGAUGGUUUGCUCUUCAGGUUUCUGGCCAGUGUGAGCACAUACACAGAGACUCCUGCAGUGGCUUGUGUUGUGUCGGGCUUCCUCUCGGCUCUCUUGGCUUUGCUCGUCAGUCUGAGGGACCUGAUCGAGAUGAUGUCCAUUGGCACUCUGCUAGCCUACACGCUUGUGUCGGUGUGUGUGCUACUGCUGCGUUACCAGCCUGAAGGAGACAUUCACGGAUUUGUCAACUUCCUCUCUGAGCAGAACACAAAGCGUAAGGAGGGAGUUCUAGCAGAGUGUGAGAAGGAAGCCUGUUCGCCGGUCAAUGAGGGCGAUGAGUAUGGAGGAGCUCCAACAAACACCUGUGGAGCCAAGAACUUGCCAUCUCUAGGAGACAACGAGAUGCUGAUCGGUAAACCUGACAAGUCCACCUACACCUCCAGUCACCCCAACUACGGCACAGUGGACAUGUCCUCAGGCAUCGAGUCAGGCGAGACAGAUAGCGUGUACCUGCUGAAACUAAAGAAGCUGCUGGGACCUCACUAUUAUACCAUGCGCAUUCGGCUAGGCCUGCCGGGAAAGAUGGACCGGCCCACUAUGGCCACUGGCCGCGUCGUCACCCGCUGCGUCAUUCUGCUCUUCAUCCUCAUCUUCUGCUUCUGCUCUCUCAUCAUCUUCGGGUCGGGUCAGGUCGCUGAUGGCCAGUGGUGGGCCGUGCUACUGCUGGUGCUGCUGCUGCUGAUCAUCACGCUCUUGAUCUUCAUCAUCAUUCAGCAGCCGGAGAACCCCAAGCGCCUGCCCUACAUGGCUCCCUGUGUUCCCUUCGUCCCGGCCUCUGCCAUGCUGGUAAAUGUUUACCUCAUGCUCAAGCUCUCCACCAUUACAUGGAUCCGUUUUGGCGUAUGGUGCUUUGUGGGUGUUUUGAUCUACUUUGGCUACGGAAUGUGGAACAGCACCCUGGAGAUCACGGCACGCGAGGAAGAGGCCCAUGCCAGCACAUACCAGCGCUAUGACAUGGGUGUGGACGAAAACGUUGCAGUGGAUGAUGAUUUGUACCCUUCUGGAGAAGGAGGGGCAUUCCAAAGCUGGGGCUCCCAUGAGGGCAAAGGUGGGCACCAGAAACAACAACGCCAGGAGCAGAGUGAACCUCAGCCUGACGGCCUGGACAGGGUGGACAACCACAGGACCUCCUCUUCCGCCACACACAGCAGGGCCAAAAACAAAGCUGGCAAACCCAGUCCAGGCUUUGAGGCAUUAGUAGUCGACGACGAUUUGGACGAUCCCUUGGAAUGAGAAUGUAAUCCAAAUGUACUCGCCUGCCAGCAACUGCAGAACCUUGGGCUAGGUUGUUAUGUCUCUGAAAUGAGUUUGUAUUUUAUUCCUAUUCCUUAAUUUGCAGCCUUUUUCACUACUGAUAGGAUCAUGAGAAUGCACAAGAUGGGACUGAACUUUUAGAAGGCUUUUUUUGACCACACAGAACCUAAACAGCCUAAAUAUUCUUUCUUCAAAUUAAAUCAAUUUUAACAUUUAGAUCCCUAAUUCUCACUAAAUCAUUUUAUCCAACUCUUAAAUAUGUAUAAUCUAUUGUUUCACUUGAAAUUCCCCCUAACUCAAAUUACAGAAACUAGCAUGGAAUUUAUUAUCCGUUGAGUAGUUUAUUACUGCCCAGUAAGUUAUCACACUCCCACAGCGGUUCCCAGUAUGAGCGUUUUUCAGCUGUCAGGAGGAUGUCCGUUUACAGGUCACUUCCUGAAGUCUAUUAGCCCCAACACUAUGUAGGGUCAAUAUAAAACCAGGAAACAUGUGAAGCCCAAAACACUUAAAGCGAUUUGCACACUUGUGUUUUUCAGUAAGCAGCUGUUUUAAUAUUGAAUACAAAAAAGUUAAUUCUGAGAAGCAAAGAUAGAUGGUAAUCAUAAAAUGCGACUGGAAUUGAUAGUGACCCCAUUGAAUCAAAGGCCUCGCUCAAUUCCGCUCUAACUUCUAGCCCAAGUGAGGUUUGGACUGUAGGUUGUCACGAAUAGUAAUUGGACUUUGCUUGCAAUAGUGCCUUCGUCUGUCAGUGUGUGCUUUAAAUAUGACCAUCAAGACGUCCAUGCUUGUUUGUUUGUCAUUUCUGUUGAUGUGGACAUAUCCAUGGGUUUGUUUUCUUGGUGAAGGUGCCUGUCAGCCGUCCUGUGUCACCACCGACCAUCCAUCCAUCUUAUGUGCCAGUGACUCCGCUUCAUCCUUGCAAGCAGGCAGCUCUGUGUAAAUACUGACGGUGUGACCACAGUACGAUUUGUGUCUCUCGGCUGGUCAGUGUGUCCGCUGAAAAAAAAAAAACAAAGAAAAAGAAAAAAAUCCAGAGAAGAGUUGUAGGAAACCAGAAGGAGUUAACAUUGCAUGUGGUGGGGAGUGUGAUUUUUUGUUUUUAUUUGGCUGUGCUCUUCUGCUCUUCCGCCAUAAUUCAUGUGGCGUUUAAUUGAUCUGUCCAGUCUAACUCUAUCUGUGCUACAGCUCUGCCAGCCGAAAAGGGCGGAAAAAAAAACGAAGCCAGGCCUCAAGUCCAUACAUUUGGAAGGCCACAUGUGUUCAUAAUGCACUGGGCACAUCAUGCCAUAUUGCUUUAAAUGUCUCCCUCAAAUAUGUUGAAAUGUUAAAAAACAAAAGAUUGAGUAGCCGUAAAUGAUUUGCAGGCUGUGUCCAUUGAGUCCCAUCGGGUCUACUCUGUAGAGCUUCAUUUUGGGGCCUGGGUUGGUUUUGUUCCUUGCAUCUGGUCUAUGAUGUGAUUCUUUGUCUUUGCUGUGGCAUUUCGCUGAAUGUGUAGCAUGUUCAGAACAAACUGGCCCAGAGUAAAACUAAGUUUGUGAGUAUUUGCAUGUGUGGUGAGUGUUGAAAGACUUGAUGUAACUCUCAAAAGUAGCAUUCUGAGAGAUGAGGGUAGCAGCCUGCCCACCGUACACCCCCAAAACCCUCCUGUUCCCGAGUGGCCUCUGUUUACAAAGCAAGCCAAAGUCUGAAACCUUUGUUUACUGAAUCCGACAAAAGACACCAUUUUACUUCUGUAGAGUAGAACACCAUAUAACAGUGUGGCGACACGAAAUAUCGAAGAGAAGUAUUUUUUUACAGGCGUUUCAUACCUUCAGGUUCUCUGUUGGGGUAGUGUAGCCACCGCUGGUGGUGUUUUUUGUGGGUUCAGAAGAACUUCUAAAGAGAAGUGGUGAAAGCAUAUAUUUUUAAGGAGCUCUUUCUAAAAAGGUUACUGGAGAUGUUUGGAUUUUGAUUUAGUUUUGUGAUUUAAAUAAAUGUUAGCACAUAAGAAUAGACUUAAAGAGGGCAGGGGAUAGGGAUAGUUCAUCCCGGAAUAAAUAUUCUGUCAGCAUUUACUCAUCCAAAUCUGUAAGGUAUUUAGGAAAAUGUUUUUUGUCUAAACAACAGAAUUCAAUGAUGUUGUUUUGGAUCCCAUUGACUUUGGAUUUCCCAUUGUAUAGACAAAAAUUGUUUAUUUGAGUUCACCAGAAGUCAGAUUUGUGAGUAAAAAAUGGCAUAAUAUUCAUUUUGUCGGUGAACUUUCCUUUUAAGUAUGAUUCAAAUCUACGUACAGAAAAAAAAAAUGUCUCUAAAAAAAUAAAAAAUGUUUCCACUAUUGCUUUGAAAGUAAGCUACUAUUUGUUAUUUGUCUCUGAGAAAAGGUACAGUGUUUGUACUUUGUGAACUAUCUUUCCUGCUAUCAUAGUUUGUUUGGUAUAUGUUCAGGAAAUGUGGAGAUUGGCUUCCCUUGCAAAUCUGAUCUUUGUUUCUGCUGUAUAUUUUGGUAUGAAGUGGAUGUAUUCUAGUUACAAUGAUUUUUUUUUAAAGAAUCUAUUUAUUGUUUCUUCUACUUGUGGUUUUGCUCUCCCGUUGCACUGUGUAAUGAGAUGUUAAUAUUGCUUCCAUGCAACAAUGAAAGUCAUUUAUUGCAGAUCAGAUAAGCGUGACUCUUGGUUUUCCUUUUGCUUUAAGGGUGUCUCACACAACUCAAAAUCAGAGGUAAUAAAUAUGCUCGCAUGGGUGGUUUGUGUAAGCGGUGCAGGCCCACUCUGUUUCCUGUGGGGUGGAGCGCUGAGCCUAGAAUAACAGCGAUCCGAGGGUCGUACCUGAGCACAAAACAAACAUGGUCAUACUGGGAGGGGCGCUGCUGGCUAUGCAGAGGAAUGAGAUGAAAAGAUCGAGACGUACUGUUCCAUUAUCAUUGCUGCAAUGUUGGUCGAUGUACUACAAUAUGGUUUGGAGAUCUCAAAGCAUGUUGUUAUGUUCAGUUCAUACAGUUCAGACCCGUCUGUCUGUAUGGCGCAAACAUCGACACAACCUGAAGCACACUCCUUUCAUGGGAGGGUCUUCAUAAGUGUUAUUCCUAUGAAGCACUCAUAGGACAUCAUUUGUGUCAUCUGUCAUCAGCCUGAAUCAAAUCUAAAUGUGAUGUCCUUAUAUUGUACGUCAUCAGUUUUAAGGGGAAGACUCCCCUUUUUGUGAUGCAAAAUAUCCUGGUGCUAAUCCUGGAUGUGACGAUGAUGGUAAAUGCUUUGAUGGUGUGUGGGAGAUGGUUAAAUUUUCCAUAUAUGCUUAAAAACAUGUAAAUAAUAUGCACUUUUAUGCUUAUGCAAACCUAUUAGUUGCUUUAAUAAUAGCACAUCCUAAGUCUUACAUGUAUGCAAGGUGAUAUUAACUCACUGCUCAAAGUCAUUUCCUGUAAGAAGCCUUUUAGUGUUUUCAGAACAUUCUGGAAACUGCAUGUAUUUUUAUCAUUAACUCCUUUUUUUUUCUAUUUUCUUUUUACUGGUGUAUUAGGUACACAAUAUUUUUAUUUUUUUAAGCUACUAUCAGUUUUCCGAGGAAAACAAAAUUAGCGAGUCCUGGUUGCUGAAUUUUCAUAUUAGAAAUAUGAUUAUUCUCUUGCAAGAAAUGGACCCCUACAGCACUUUGACUUGUGUAUGAAGUUGUCAUAUGUUUGUACAAAUGCUGAUAUACCUUUCUAAAAUUAUGCAAAGAACAUUAAAAGGGUCAUGAAACCCACAGUAAUCAGUUUUCAUACAUUUUGAGACAUCCGACAUAGACUUUAGUUAACAAAUAUUUAUUGAUUAAUUGAUUAAUUGAUUCUGACUCAAUAUUAAUUUCAAAUCUGGUGCCAUGAAUAGCUGGUUCCCCUCUUAACAAUUGGGUCCACACUUGGGAAUAGUACUUAUAUUGUACAACAGGUGAUUUUAUUAAAUGUAUUUUACAUUCAAUAUUUUAUUCGUUUUUUUAUUUUUUUAUUUGCAUGUUCUUAAAUAAUGAAAGAUGAUAGAUGUUUUAAUCCAGCAGGCUAACAGGCUAGUGGUAUGCUAAGCUAGUAUGCUGAGCAGUUAAAGAAUGAGGAAUAUUUCACACUAUAUAUCUUGGUAAAUUAUUAGACAAAAAAAACGUAAUUAGAUUAUUAACUUAAGGUAAUUAGAGUCAUAUUUACGUAAUUAAGAUGACAUAUAUGGGCCUAGUGUGUAUGUUUUGUUUGAGCUCACAUUAAAAGUCCUUUCAGCCUGUACAAUCAUUAGGUGGACACAUUUAUGCUAGGGGGGCUCUUUUGUUCAUGACACCAAAUACAAAACAAAUGGACCCAAAAUUAAUAAAUGAUCUACUUUAUGCUUCAGAUGAACAACCAUGUAUAUUAUCUGCAACACACAGUAUUUGUUAACCUUUUAAAAUUUGUUAGUGUUUCAUGACCCUUUAAAAAAGUGCUAAACAACGUUUCUCCAAUCAAGGCUGUAUUAACAAUAACUUUUCAUCUUCCUGAUUCCUUCUAAUUCAAAUCAAUAUCUGCUUUAUUUUUACCCACCCUCUGCUUUUAGGUUGUUAUUUUCAGCCAUAUCUGGAAAAGAAAAAUAUUGUAGAUUCCAAUAGAAUUUUUUAUUGAAUUUUCUUCACCCCAAACUACCUCUAACCAAAGACUGAAUGUAUAAGAUCAAUGAAAAGCAAUAUUUGACACCUAAACAUCAUGCUACACGGAUAAAUCAUACUGUAGUGGUUAAA